ACACAAUUUACGUAUUUUUACAUAAACAAAAACCCUAGCUUCCUACUUUAUUCCCGCCCCUUUCUCUCUCUCUUUCUCAGCUCCGUCACUCUCGGCAAAACCCAGCAGCAAGUCAGUGGAACAUUGCCUCAGGGCCUCUUUCACUUGCUGCCAUGGUCACCUCCGUCAACCCAAACACAGAGCUAUCUUGUUGCUUUGCUUCUUCCCUCAGACCCUCUUAUUCCAAACCCAACUCCAGCCAAACCCAGCUAUGCAGACUCUCAUCUGGGUCUCUCUCCAACACCUUCUCCGGCCUAUCUAUGGCUCCAUCAACUGAAAUUUCCCGCAGCAGACCCAUAUUUUCACUGUCGAAGAACGAGUCCGGAGAAAGUGCAAGUGGAAAUGGUGGUUUGACGUAUAAGGAUGCUGGUGUUGAUAUAGAUGCUGGCUCGGAACUUGUUCGACGAAUUGCCAAAAUGGCUCCUGGGAUUGGAGGCUUUGGGGGUCUUUACCCUCUUGGCGAUUCAUAUCUUGUUGCUGGUACAGAUGGUGUUGGAACAAAACUUAAGCUUGCAUUUGAUACUGGAAUUCAUGAAACCAUUGGUAUUGAUUUGGUUGCUAUGAGUGUCAAUGAUAUUGUUACUUCUGGAGCAAAGCCGCUAUUUUUCCUUGAUUACUUUGCUACCAGCCGGCUUGAUGUUGAUCUUGCUGAAAAGGUUGUAAAAGGUAUUGUCGAUGGCUGCCAACAAUCUGACUGUACUCUAUUAGGUGGAGAGACUGCAGAGAUGCCAGAUUUUUACGCAGACGGAGAGUAUGACCUCAGUGGUUUUGCGGUGGGAAUUGUGAAAAAGGAUUCAGUGAUUGAUGGGAAAAACAUUGUGGCUGGGGAUGUCCUCAUUGGCCUACCAUCCAGUGGGGUUCAUUCUAAUGGUUUCUCUCUUGUAAGAAGGGUACUGGCUCAUAGUGGGCUAUCUCUGAAGGACCAACUACCUGGUGAAGCUAUUACAUUAGGUGAAGCUUUGAUGGCCCCAACUGUGAUAUACGUUAAGCAGGUGCUUGACAUUAUCAGCAAGGGAGGUGUAAAGGGGGUAGCCCACAUCACAGGGGGUGGUUUCACAGACAAUAUACCUCGAGUGUUUCCAAAAGGCCUAGGAGCUGUCAUCUCUAAUGGUUCCUGGGAAAUCCUACCCGUUUUCAAAUGGAUCCAAGAGGCGGGAAGAAUAGAAGACGCUGAGAUGAUGCGAACAUUUAACAUGGGUAUUGGGAUGGUUCUUGUUGUGAGUAAAGAGGCAUCCCACAGGAUACUUGAGGAUGGAAAUGGAGCUUAUAAAGCUUACCGCAUCGGUGAGGUUGUAAGAGGUGAAGGAGUGAGUUAUAGUUGAAAUGUCUAUAAUGCGUGGCUUUUGAGCAUAUUCGACAAAGUGAGAUACAAGUAAUGUAAGAGUGGCUCGGAUUUUUCUGCUGUUCAUGUAUCUUGACAUUCACAAGUUCAGCAGGUUUUUUAGGUCAAGUUUUAAUGAAAGCUUGUAUUCAGUCAUUCACUAUAGGAUUGUAGGGCUCCGUUUAAGUUGUGAAGCCCCUUCUUUUAAACCGUUGUGCUAGUAUGUGCUUCAGCUGUUAUGCCUUGAGAGCUUAUGAUCCAAUCUGAUUCUGGAACUUCUCUUCAAUAAACAGAAUUUUUCUUCCC